CAAUUUGCCGAAGUUGAUAGCACGGGAUGACUAGUAGUAUUUUCAGUCAUAGAUUAUUUUCAUAGUUUAUUUAUUCAUAUUUUUUUAAUUUCGUUUAAACUUUAGUGCACUAUGGAGUGUCUAAUCGGUGUUGCUUUCAAGGAUUUUGUAGUUCUAGCUUCAGACAAAACGAAUGCCUACAGCCUUUUUGUCGUGAAAGAUGAUGAAGAAAAACUGUUCAAAAUAUCUGAUAAGUUAGUCAUGGCGAUUGCUGGUGAAAGUGGUGACACUGUUCAGUUUGCUGAGUUCAUAUCUAAAAACAUCCAACUGUAUAAAAUGCGCAAUGGUUAUUCUCUUUCUCCUAAAGCGGCUGCUGUUUACACAAGACGCAACCUCGCAGAUUACUUGCGCAGUAGGACCCCUUACAAUGUCAACAUGCUGAUCGGAGGAUAUUCAGAAGAUGAAGGAGCCAAGCUAUUCUUCAUUGAUUAUCUGGCAUCUCUUAUGGACCUUCCAUAUGCUUGCCACGGUUAUGGAGGUCUCAUCACUGUCAGUAUUUUGGAUAGAUAUUACAGGGAAAAUAUGACUCAGGCUGAAGCAUAUGAAUUAAUUAAAAUGUGUGUCCGCGAAAUCCACAAGCGACUUGUUAUCAAUCUAGCCAAUUUCAAAGUCCAAGUGAUCAGCAAGGAUGGAAUCAAAGACCUGCCUGAUAUCACGAUACAAAGCUUAGCAUCGGAACCACUGCCGCCAAAGAGCCCAUAGUGCUCUCUCUCCUCCCACACUCUAAUCUUAAUUUUAUUUUUUAAUUAAUAAUUAAUAAUUUUUGUACAUCAUU